CUAAACGAAGGCAGGCAUAUAUAUAAAUUAUGCGAAUCCACAUACUGAUCUAGGGUUUUCGCCAUUGAACUUCAAGGAGUUUCUUGGGGUUUUGGUUUUGGGGUUGGUCAUAGAGUAAAACCCGAAACCCGAAAUGUGAUUCGAAAGUCUCCUGGGAUAUUUUUUUCGUAUACACUGUUAACAUUGGAAGGUGUCUCUUUGAACUAAAAUCAUAGAACCGAUUUUGUUCUUGCUUCAUUGAUAAAUGGAAGAUUUUGACGAUGACUUCGGAGAGCUUUACGCAGAUGUCGAAGCUCAGUCUAGUUCCGUCAUGAAUUGGGUACCGGAAUUUCAUCGAUUGUAUACGGGACCAGAAGUAGAAGAUAACAGUGAUAGUACUGGCAAUGCAAUGAACGCCGGCCCUAGCUCCAAGGAAGGAUUUGCCUCUGCUCUAAAUAAUAACCCCAGCUCAAUUGGCAACGAUUCGACCCUCAAAUCUGCUACUUGCUUGGAAAGAAAUGAGGAAAAUUAUGGAAGUGAUAGUGAAGAUGAUCUGAAUAUACUACUCAAUGAUGAGGACUGUGAGAGUAAGAAUUUUCUGGUUAGUGACCGAGGGAGUAUGAAGAAUGAUAAGGAUAAUGAAGAUGACGAUGAUGAUGGUGGUGGUGGUAUAGUGGCUGGGAAGGAGUUCAAGUGCGUGAGAACUCAUGGAUCAUCAUUUCCAAGCAAUGUGACCUCUUCCGUAUCAGUAAGGGACAAGUGGGAUUACAAUGUUUGUGGUGUGCCUAAGGGAUCAAACUCCUGUCAGAUCGCCCUCAAUCGUGCUUCUUUCCCCAGUUCGAUGCUGACUCAAAGUGGAUAUGGACCAUAUGGUUUCUCUCUUCCUUGGUAUAGGUUUAUAUUUGAUGUAAAUAUCGAUACGUUUGAGGAGAAGCCAUGGAGGUAUCCUGGAGUAGAUGUAACGGAUUUCUUCAAUUUUGGUUUCAAUGAGGACAGCUGGAAACAAUACUGCGACUCCCUGGAACAAUUUCAGAGGCAUACAUUCAUGCAAUCAGGGGUCUCUGUUUAUGAGUCUUCAAAACUUUACCAGGUUCAUGAAGCAGGAACUGGGUAUGAUAAACUGGUUCAGGAAACAGGUGAUGAAAUGCCUCAAGUUGAAUCUGGAAACCUAGCUUCUCCAUCAAGAUUUGUAGACUAUGGAGAGAGUCAUUUGGAGUUACCAAAAGGCAGAGUGAUUCAGGUUGAGGAUGGGAUUACUGAACGUCAACCCUCUGCUGACAUAAGAAGGCGUCCACGUAAUCGGGACUCAGGUGUUGUAAUACAGAUCACCGUGCAGGAUUUCAGUGAGGAAGUGUCUGAUUCUCCUGAAAGACUAGGCCAUGCUCACAGCACCAUACCUCAGGCAUCUGAAAAUGAGAAAUUUGUUGCAAAGGAUAACAAAGAUGCUUCCCAUCCUGAGAGCUGCAAAGGAGAUGAACACUCUGUAGAAUCUCUGGAAGGAAAUGUUGGAUUUGAGAGGUGUUCUCAGAAGGCAACUGCCUUUAAGCCAAUGACAUCUUAUCCUGAUAAUCAUGGAAAUGGACAAAGUCCUGAUGUGGAUGUGCAUCAUCUUAAGAAGAUAAAUUCUUUUUCUUCAGAAGGAACUGUAGGAUUGUUGGAAACUGUUAAAAACACAAAUGAUAGUGUUUGCAAGACUACUGUUGCAGAUCCAUGCAUUAUAGAAACAGAACUAUUGCUUGGUGAUGAGGUUGAACUUAGCCCCACUUCAUCUUGUUUUGCAAGUGAUACUGAAACAUCUAAAGAUAGCAUUCUUUUUUUUCAUGAGGAAGCUGCUCGUCCUGUAAGAAGGUCAUCAAUGGAUCCAGGCACUAAAUUACGGGAGUCUAUUUCAUCUUAUCAUAAGAAUUCAAAAGCAAAUGGUGCCAAAAGAAAAUCAGUUGAAAUUAGAGAUUGUUCCAGAUAUAAAUUUCCUAACAAAGAUAAGCAAAAGCAUCAUACUAGGAAGCAUGAGACUCCACUACAACCUAAGAAGAAAACCAUAUAUGACAAUGAUGCGUCCCCCAUAUCAGAUGGAGAGCAGCUUUAUGAUAGGGAUUGCUUGUUGCUUAAUCACAGCAGGCAGAAGGAAAAACUGCAAGAUCUUGAGUUUAGUGAUAAAAUUCUUGCAUAUCGUCAAGAGUCAAAACAUUCUCGCUAUUAUGAUGGUAGAAGGUAUGCCGAAAGCCACAUUUGUAAUGUUGGCAGAAAUUAUCCUUGUAGUAAAGGAAGUCGUAAUUUCCAUGAAGAGAGCAAUCCGUAUGUCAGAAAAAAGUCAAAGGAAAGGGGUUAUCUUUUUGAAGGUGGGAAGAGAGAGAGGUAUCAUUGUGGAAGAAGAAAUCUUACCAUGGACAGGAGUCCUCUCACUUAUAAAGAGUCGGGGAACUUGGUUCCAAGGAUUUCCUCCAUUACUUUUGAAAAUAUGGAUUCUCAAUUCAAAAGGCAGAGCGAAAGACUUCAGUUUAGGAAGUUAUACAACCACAAUAAUCAGUUUCUUGGCCAUGGAUGUGAUGAUUUUGAGCAAAACAGAUAUGUAAGAUCUGUUCCAUUGACCGACCUGGAAAGAGAUAUAUUACAUGAAAAUAGCAAGAGAAUGUUGCCACACAUCAGGAGAGAAUCGAAAGACUCUCACAGGAGUAGAUAUGAUGAUCCUCCAUCUUUAGAAUUAGAUAGUUCAUGGUCUGAGGAAACUGAAGAUGAAUACUACAGGAACUUAGAUAACAUGUAUUUGUCACAUCAGUCUGAAAGAGAAUUUUUCGAGGCUGAUAGAGUAAGUUGGAAUGAUUCCAUAUCACAAAGACUUGAUGCUUUUGAUUCAAGAUUAACUGGAAGAUACCAGAGACAUGGAAGACAAUUAUUGUCAAGGGAAGAAAGACAGAAUAAUUGGUUUGAUAAUUAUGAUGAUGCUGAUGAAAUUGAAGAUGGUACUUUUUACCCUAACGAACAGGAUAAUCUGGGGCAAGGGAGAUGUAAUCAGCAACCUGAUGUGCUGCACUGGGCUGAGAAUGACCUAACUAUGAGGCAUCGAGAUGAAAAAAUGAAUCCUGAAAAGUCAUCCUUUUUCUGUAAUGGAAGUGUAGGACGUGGAAGGAGUCCUGCCACAUAUGGAUCACCACAUGAUGAUAUGCAAGCAAAACAACAUGUAUUUAAAAAGAUGAGAAAUGGAAGUAAUACCCUCUUUACUAAUAGAAGUUCUAAGAUGUACACAAGUAAGCAUGAGCAGACAGUUCUGAGGAGCCGGAAUUCAAUUGACUUGAUUGUUGAUGAAGGAAAGUCCUCCAGAAGAUGCCCCAGAGCCAGAAAUUUGAAGUAUGAUGGUCGGUCUGAAAACGGGGAUCCAGAGAUUGCAGAGGAGCAACUCAUCAAAUCAGUGUAUUUUAAUGAAUUUCCCAGAAAGAAGGAAAUCCUACACGAGCUUCAGAAAGAUGGGCACCACUAUAACAAUGAGAAGUCGCAUCAAAAGUUUCCAGUUUUGCGAAAUGAAGAUUUCGAUAUCGAGGAAGGUCAGAUAGUUACAGAAGAAACAUACAUUACUGGUAUAAUAGGAAGAAGUCAUGCUACUGAAUGUCAAGUAGUUAACUGCAAUAUGAAGAGACAAUUGCAGUGUAGAGAAACUACUUCCAAUCCAGGUAAGAUUGUAGGGGCAAAUGAUGACCAGCGGAUUGUUGAGAUGUUAGCUAAGAUGGAGAAGCGCAGGGAACGAUUUAAGGAGCCAAUCACUGUGAAUAAGGAGGAAGAAAACUGUCUGAAGGCUGAAGUUCUUAUUGUUGACACAGUUGAAAAUAAGCAGCAUAGGCCAGCCAGAAAGAGGAGGUGGGGUGGUGGUUAGUCUGUUUAAGAGUUUUUAAGAAGCAUUUCAUAUCUUCUAAUCACCAUAUCAUGUUUGUUCUCAGAGCUCGAGGGUCUUCCUCAAAGUGAGCUGACUGGCUACUAGAACUGACUGGAUAGUAGCCGGUGAAUUAUUUCCAUUUUCUUUAUUUAUCAACUAGAGUGAAAUCCUAUUACCCAAAAAAAAAAAAAAAAAAAAACAAAAAAACAAAAAAACACUAGAGUGAAAUCCAAUACUUGAAAUUGUUACUCUUUGCCGUAUGUGGUAAGGUCAAAUGAAGCUGCGGCAUUGGUGAAAAAACUUCAGGAUUUGUAAAAGCUCAUAAAUGAAAGGAUUAUUGCGGACGAUCACAUAAACAUCUCUAGUUCUUCAUAUUCCAGUCAUUUAUUUAUUUUGCCUAAUUAAAGGAUUAUCACUGAAUUUAGACAUCCGUCCCUCUUA